UGAUUUGUUUGUCUUCCAAACAUCCCGGCCCUUGUCACGUCCCGUCUGCUGUUGGGUACAUACCCGAUUUCCAAUGGAUGCUUCUGACCUCCCGGGCGGUUCCAACUUCCGCGAUGUUACACAACUGUUUGUCGAUGCAGCCGCUGACAUGGAGCCGUCCGAGGUGGUUCUCAUGCCCGGAUUCACCCUGCAGGACGCCAUGUGCGCGUUUGAGAUCGGAGAGCCGCGGCUAGAUAGCGGGAUGACGCCUGAGGGAGAGCAGCGACCACUCUUUGAUCCCUGGGCGCCCAUGUUGCCGGAGGAGAUAUGCUGGAUCAUUGAUAGGAUGUUCACGUAUGAGAUGCUUUGGCACGCGGGCAACACUCUCGUACAUACCGUGUUCACAUGUCUAUACGGUCUUGCCAUCUCGGAAAUCUGGCCGGAUAUCAUACCAUACGAUUCCUUCCCCGAUACCCAACGACUGCCGGAGCUCGUACCGCUGGUGUUACGCGCCGCUGUGGCGGGGAUGCUGAAAUGCUGCGAUCUUUCAUGGCGCGAGCUUUCCAAGGGCUAUGUCCAGGAUACAGAAGACUGGCACAGUGAGAAGGGCGACAUAUCUCUCCUCGAGGGAACAUCGACUGCCAAUGUUGUCGCGGAUAUCGAUACCGCUGUGGCAUGGCUGAUUCGGUCGAGAAAGGUGGCAGACCCGUGGUGUACAGGUCUAAUCGCUCGCUUAAAUCUACGCAAAUCACUCAUACAGCUGAUGAGCAUUAACCUAUUCAACACUCCGUCGGACUUUCUCGACCUCCUCAACAUUGCCCGCAACCAUCUCAAGACGGUGCGAAUGUACCCCUCACAUGAACCCACACCAGACUCUCCUGCACACCUCUCAUUCGAUCCGUACAUCGCGAGAAAACUGAACAGUUCCGUUCCCAUUCGUAUCAUCCCCGUGCCACCGAUAGCGGAGACUUGGGAUGCUUUGGAUACCUUACUGGAUGGUUGGGAUGAACAGCGUCUGUUGUCCAUGACUCCGACCGUGACAACUUGGGAGGCGAGCACGCCAUCCGGCUCGACCCCUCCUCGAACUGACUGCGAAUCAUCCACGCAAUCCAUCUUCUAUGACGGGCUGUUGGUCCUGAACAAAUUCAGUCCGCAGUGGGUCAUGGAUCGUUUCUUCUUUGAAACACUCGGCGUCGGCUACCAAUCGGUCGUCGCGUACGUCGGGCAAAACUCUACCGACCAAUUCUGGGGCGAUCUGCAGCGGGGGCACUUCAAGCUGAUGACCGAGUAUGUCAGAGCACUGUGGUACAAUCCUCCGAGGCGACGACGGUUCUUGGCGAAGAUGUUGACGGACCUCCACUUGUACUACUCUAGAAUGAUGGGGAUAGCUGCCAAGUUUCCGCCAGAUCCUUCCCAGGCCGUAUACCACUUUCCCAAAUGCGUGCUGCUCUGGCGGCUUUCGGUCGUGCGCGAAGUCGUUCUGUCCGGGUUCCAGCUCGAGCUGUACACUUCAGAAGAGAAGUCGUUUGCAUAUUGGUAUGCCUCACAGGUCCUGCAUGCCCAUCUCGAAUGCCUCGAUGAACUUCUGUCUGCGGUGGAUCCGAAUUGCCCUGCCGGCCGAGAAUUGCGCUUCCAGCACAGCUGGCUGAGUGCGUUGCAAGUCAUGACGCUAUCCUCUUUUGCACUCUCCAUGUCGCUCAUGUCCUUCAACUGGCGCCAAAUGCAAGCCAACUUCUUUCGGCGGUACAAAUGGGCGUUUGGCUCAGGGUACGAGAUCGCGUCGGUGCCGGUCGUCGCACUACCCAGCUUCGAUGGAUUCAUGGGACUGUGUGGCCGUCUCCUUGAGGACCCCCAGUUCUCACCCUCCGCGUCUUUCCAGCUCGCCGAGACCAUCCUCGAAGGCCUGAUCACGUCGCGAAACGUCGGAGGGUACUCUGGGUUGUGGACAGAUGAGCGGAUAGCGUUCCUGCGCGGUCUAUCGGCUGCAUGUCGACGUCUGCAGGACGUGCCGAGCUCGAUGUCGGCUGUGCCCUCGUUUGACGUCGGUCUGCUCAAGUGGGACCCGACAAUACAUCCGUGGUUUCCUGUCUUGACGGCUGAUGGUGCCGAGUGGCGACGGAACAAACAUCGGAAACGUCGGACGAGCAUUCAUUGAGAUUGGAUUGUAAUCAAGGACGCUUCUAUAGUCUAUUUCGACACAUUUUCUGUAAAUAAUGAUAGGUCCAGGUUAGAAAGGGAUCGUGAAACGACUGGCAUGGUCGAAAAUCAUCAUAAUGUAUUCUAUUUGCG